AUGGCCAAUCAACCCCAUGGUGGCGUCCUCAAGGACCUCGUUGCUCGAGAUGAGAACAUUUCUGCACAGCUUCGAGAAGAAGCGGAUACUCUGCCCGAGAUAAUUUUGACGGAGCGCCAACUAUGUGAUCUAGAACUCAUAAUCAACGGUGGAUUCAGCCCUGUAGAAGGUUUCAUGACACAGAAGGAUUAUGAUAGUGUGGUUGAUACAUUGCGACUAGCCGACGGCACCCUCUUUCCCAUGCCCAUAACACUAGAUGUUACCAAAGAAGAUAUUGACCGUCUUUCGAUAAACCCGGGAGCACGAAUUGCCCUACGAGACCCACGGGACGACGAGGCGUUGGCCAUUAUUACUGUGGAGGACGUUUACAAGCCUGAUCAAGUAAAGGAAGCUAUCCAGAUAUUUGGCGCCGAUGAUCCUGCCCAUCCAGCUGUUUCUUAUCUUCGUCAGCGAGUAAAAGAGUAUUACGUCGGUGGUAGACUUCAGGCGAUUCAAUCCCCCACGCACUUUGACUAUGUCGCUCUUCGAUACACACCUUCGGAACUACGUGCUCAUUUCAAGAAAUUGGCUUGGCGGAAAGUAGUAGCAUUCCAAACACGGAAUCCGAUGCAUCGCGCACACAGAGAACUCACCGUUCGUGCGGCACGCCAGCGCCAAGCAAAUGUUCUCAUCCACCCAGUGGUAGGACUUACGAAGCCUGGUGAUGUAGACCACUACACGCGCGUUCGGGUUUACGAAGCCAUCAUGGCAAAAUAUCCUAACGGCAUGGGUCAUCUGGCUCUUCUUCCUUUGGCUAUGCGGAUGGCCGGUCCCCGCGAAGCUGUUUGGCACGCAAUUAUCCGUAAGAACUACGGUGCUACCCAUUUCAUCGUUGGAAGAGACCAUGCUGGCCCCGGAAAAAACUCGCAGGGAAAAGACUUCUAUGGGCCAUACGAUGCGCAGGAUCUCGUAACCCGAUAUCAAAGCGAGCUUGGAAUCGAGAUGGUACCUUUCCAGCAAAUGACGUACCUUCCCUCCUCGGAUGAAUACCAACCCAUCGACGAAGUACCGAAGGGCGUCCAGACGCUUGAUAUAUCAGGGACGGAGCUAAGACGGCGAUUGAAGACUGGCGCAGCGAUUCCGGAUUGGUUCAGUUACGAUGCCGUGGUUCGGACGCUACGAGAAAGCUACCCUCCGAGAUCGAAGCAAGGCUUCGUGCUAUUCUUGACAGGACUUCAUAACUCCGGAAAGGACAAGCUUGCAAAGGCUUUGCAGGUCACUCUGAAUGAGCAAGGAGGUCGAAGCGUCUCUCUCUUGCAGGGCGACACGGUGUCCCAUGACCUUUCUCCCGAACUCGGAUUGACCGCUGAAGACAGACAUCAGCAUAUACAACGCAUCGCCUUUGUAGCCGGCGAACUGACGAGAGCGGGCGCUGCUGUCAUUGCAGCACCUGUCGCGCCACUCGAGCACUCGCGAGAAGCGGCCCGACAGACAAUUGUACAUUCUGGCGGCGCUGGUGGCAAUUUCUUUUUGGUCCAUGUUGCCACUCCUUUGGAAUAUUGCGAAAAGACUGAUCGUAAGGGCCUAUAUGCGCAAGCCCGCCGUGGAGAGAUCAAAGGCUUUGUUGGCGUGGAUGAAGAAUAUGAGACACCAAGUCGUCCUGAUCUAGUUGUCGACGUGACGAAACAAAGCGUACCAGAGAUAGUACAUAGCAUAGUACUUCUAUUAGAGACUCAUUCACUGUUGUAG